AAUAUGUGUAUUUGGCAGCUGAAAUUCAUAUUGAGUGAACAGCAGGAUGUCCUUCAAGGAUGUGCGAGAUCUGGGCGAGCAUCUGAAGCUGCUUGGCUUUCCGCGCGUCUUUCCGCUGCAGGCACUGGCAACGCAGCACGGUAGCCUGGCCAGCUUUCACAUUGUUGCCGAGUUGCUGCAGUGGCUCGCUGGCCUGCUGGAGGUUGGCGCUGUCCUUGCCGGCGGCGUCGAAACGGAGGAUCAGCGUGUUCUGCUCAUUCGCUCCGCCACCGAAUUCUUUGUGACGAAGUCGGGCAUACGGCUGAAUCCGCGGAAGCUGUAUGCAGCGGCUGCUGUUAGCGCCAUGGAGCUGCAGAAGAUUACGUGCCUGCUGAUCGCGCCCACCCAAACGAAGGGUGAGGAGCGCGACGAGGAACGGGAGCGGGAGCGUGACCAAUAUCGCAGUCUCAAUCAAGUGGAUAUUGGCGAUAAAAUGGAUGAGCUGCGCCGUGCCCGAGAGCUAUCCUCGGACCUGACACAGCGUGGUGCCGCCCUCUUCGAUCUGCUCUCCAAGGAGCUGGUGAACAAGGAGGCACGCCUUGCCCAGGCCCAACGCCCAAUGGAGCUGCUCGGCGUGGAGCGUACCAUGAAGAACGCCAUCCAGGCCAGCCAGCUGAAACUGCAGUCCAGCCACGCCCAGCUGGAGAAUGGGCGCGUCGAGCUGAAUGCCCUCAACUCGAAGCUGCAGCGCAAACGGGCCGAACUGGAGCGCACCAAGCAACGGCUGGAGGCUCUGCAAAAGAUUCGCCCAGCUCACAUGGCCGAGUUCGAGGAGUGCGAAAAAGAGCUGCAGCAGCUCUUCCAGAGUUAUUUCCUCCGGCUCCACGUUCGCGAUGCCCUGCGCACCCUGUUGGAGACACGCACGAAGCGUUCACGUGGCACGCCCAUCUCAUCGCCGCUGCUGCAGAAGCCGGCCGAGAACUCGAUGCUCUUCAUACCCGAAGGCCUCACCGAAGACGAUGACGAUGACGACGACGACGACGAUGACGCUAACGUUGUCGAUGUCGGAGACGAUGACGAGCCAUUGCCAAUUGCCAACGGAAUGCGGCGCCAAGGCUCGUUUGGCCUCGAUGCCGAAAUACCCGACAUACGUGACGAGGAUCUGAUGCUGCAGCGCACCCAAGCCGCAAACCAAGCGGCGUCGACUGUGGCGGCGGCGGCGGCGGGGUCCAAGCAACCUGGCAAACGUCCUGGGACAGCCACCUCACGUAUUCGUCCCACCACCGGACGCAGUCGUCGCGGCACCGCUGGAAGGGCCGCACUCCACUCCACCCGCAAUGGAGGCGACACCAAUGCGCAGGAGGACAGCAGCUUCGGCAGCUCCGAAAGUGAGCUCGACGUCGGCGACAUAAUGGGCAUGAGCGGAAUGAGCGGAACUAUCGGCACUGGCGACGAUGACUUCGAUCUGAAUUCAAUCGAUGACAUUAGCAUAUCGAAGCUCACCGGCGAGCUGCCGCUCCGACCCAAGACAGCCAACAAGCCGGAGCACCACAGCGACGAGGACUUUUAACCGGAUACGAUAUAUAAGGCAUAUACAUAUGUAUAUAUAAUACAACUGAUGACUUUAUUUUGUAAGAGUGUUCUUUAUUCGAUUCAUAUGCAAACAGACCUACAACUAACUGUAUUUACAUACAUACAAAUGUAUGCAACAAA